ACUGGUCUUCACCUUCUUUGUCUCUGACAGCAACCAGAAAAUUGUUCUGUGAUUUUUCUGUGAUUGUUACAAACCAAAUACGUGUUUUAUUUGGAAUUGAUUUAUUUACUUACAAAAUUGACUUAAAAUUAUUUAACUUAUGUUAAACUGUUGGAAGUCAGAGAUAUCUCUGUUUGAAGUACAAACAUAACCUCAAUAAAUAAAGGGACGCAUACAAAACGCCAGAAAUCCAGUACCAGCCAAAGAAAGAUUAUUACCUAACAAUGAAGGAUGUUAUUGAUGUAAUGGAACUACAAAACACCAAACAGAGGAGGAAUCCUCUUUUGGAUUAUAAAAAAUUGGAUUUUAAUAAAGGAUUCACACCAGCAAGGUUUAUAUUUGAGUGUGGAAUAAAAUUGCAUGGACAACCUUUAACAUUAGCUACAGCAUCUAUUUUGAUGCACAGGUUUUUUAAGGAAGUUGAUCCUUCACAGUAUGAUCCUUUUUUGAUUGCUGCGUCAUCCUUGUAUUUAGCAGGAAAAGUUAAGGACGACCCUCUAAAAAUUCGUGAUAUUAUAAAUGUAGCUCAUAACACAUUGCAUAGAGGGAGUAGUCCAUUGGAAAUUGGAGAAGAAUAUUGGAAUAUGAGAGAUGCCAUAGUUCAAGCAGAAUUAUUAAUAAUGAGAGUCUUAAAAUUUGAAGUAUCUAUCUCUCACCCCCAUAAGUAUAUGCUACAUUAUCUGAAAUCCUUGGAAGGGUGGUUGGAAAAAGAACAAUGGUAUAAUCUGCCAAUUGCAAAAGUUUCCGCAGCAUUUCUCCAAGAUUUUCAUCAUGAUCCAUCCAUAUUGGAAUAUACUCCUCAACAUAUUGCUAUUUGUUGUAUUUCAUUGGCUCUACAGUUUUAUGGAGUUCAGUUGCCUCUUAUUGAAGAUGGCGAUGAUGAAAGUUGGUUUACUGUUUUUGUUAAAGACUUGCAAAAAGACCAACACUGGGAAAUUAUGGAAAAAAUCAUGGAUGUUUAUAAUGUAGAGCCAGAAACUUCUUGAGUUGCUACUAAGGAUUGGUUUGGUGAGAAAAAAAUCUUUUUAUGACUGACUUUUGUAUUACAAUUCUAUUCCACAAAAAAUGUUUCAUGUGUAUAUUUGUAUUUUAAUUUUUAAUAAAGUAAAUAAUGCUAAUAG